AUGCGGCUUGGAUAUAAGAGUGAGUUGGGUGCUGUUGGCAGUGCCUGCGUUGCUGGCGUCUCUUUUCUUUUACUGCCGCCGUCACUUCUUCCACUGACCGUUCCACUUUGGCUUGUGCUGCAGCGCCUGGUCGCCCGUGGCUCACGGAAUCGCGCACACCCCCCACACAAAGGAGACAAAUCAAAUAUCAAAGUUACUUCUACUACUACUACUACUACUAACAAUAAUAAUAGUAAUGGUAAUACUCAUACAAGUACGGUUGGGACUAGCGGAGAUUCACCGAAUGAGAACUCUUCCACGGUGUUAUUCUCACGCAAUAUGAGAGACGAGGAGCGGCCCGUUGUUGUUGUGACAGGAACAAACAGCGGGAUUGGAUACUACACAGCAGUGGGACUGGCAGUGGAGGGCUACCGCGUGGUGUGUACAUGUCGUAACCCUUCACUUAGUGAGACUACAGCUGCAAAGAUAAAGAAAGAGGCACAACAAACACGAGAUAAGUAUAGAGGUAAUCCAAAGUAUACAGAGACUCCAGAAACAGUACUAGUGGACGGUCGUUUCUCUCUUGAAUGUGAUGAUUUUGAGAGUGUGCGACGUUUUGUGGAUCAAUUUCAAAGGGUCUAUAAUCGUUUGGAUGUGCUUGUGAAUAAUGCUGGAAUGAUGCGGAAACAACUGGAAUUCAGUCGUUUCAAUCCACAGUUAGAAUUGCAUACGGCGGUAAAUUUUCUUGGUCCCAUGCUUUUAACAGAAUUACUUAUUCCUCUUAUUCAAAAAAGUCAAGGACGUGUAGUAUAUGUUGCCUCUGCUGCUCAUCGUUUUCCACAGAUGUUGCUGGAACCACAUUGUUGGAGGAAUACAUCAGGUAUACGUAUUAACGGACGUUUAUUAGAAGCUUUGAAAUUACUUAAUCAAGGUGAAUCUCACUCGGAUGGUCCAUUAAAGACGAGUUCACUUGGUUACGCUUUUGUUAGGUAUGGUACAAGUAAAUUACUUAAUAUUUAUCAUGCACAUUACAUUGCACAUCACUAUAAGGUGCCUGUUUGUUCUCUUCAUCCUGGAUGUGUUGGUACUAAUUUCUCAAAAGAUCUCAUGCCUACUGAGUUUAUCAAUCGUCUCUAUCAGUAUGCCUGUUUACUAUUUUUGAAGUCUUGGGAAGAAGGGGCACAAACAACGCUGCACUGUGCGAUGUGUAAUGUAGAUGAGUUGAAGCCUGUAAACCCUCCAGCGAGUGUAAAGCAAACUGAAUUUGUUAGUCCUUACUUUGUGGAAUGCGGUAACCAAACACUUGAGUCACUAUUACAGUAUGGUUGGGAUUUAGAGGAAGCCGAACGCAUCAUUUCAUGGGGUAAACGUUUGGUCGGACUGACGGCAGAGAAAGAGUGA